GGCAGCGGCGAUGGUUUGUUUUAUACGAUGAUGGCGAGCUGACAUAUUCGGUGGAUGAGCACCCCGAAACUGUGCCACAAGCCUGCAUCGAUAUGACCAAAGUACUCGAGGUCGCCAUGGCAGAAGAUGUGACGGGCCAUACCAAUUCGAUUGCCAUCACCGCCCCGGAUCGGGUCACAUUCGUGAAGGGCACAUGCCCUGAGGAGUCCAAAUGGUGGCUAAAUAUACUGGCCGCAUUUCCAAAAUCUAAAGGGCGCCAUAAACGCAAUGCCACAUUUCCAGGCGGUCAGGCGACUACAACAAUGUUGCAGCAAAUGAAUACAGACGCGUAUAGUGCGGUGGCCGCUGCUGCUGCAGGCGUACCGACACGCAAUCGCCAUAAUUCAUACCACAAGGAUGCAUUGACGUCCAUGCAAUCGACCAGCGUGCUAAUUGGCAGUGGCGGCAACAACGUUACGCAGCGCAAAGCCAACACCGUGACGACAACGGCGUCAUCAUCGUCGACGACGCCUCGCACCAUUGACUAUCGCAAUGUUGCAGAUGAGGAGGAUGACAAUGAUGAGGAAGACGAUGACGACGACGAUGAGGAAGAAGAGGAUGAUGGCGUUGAAACGGGCGAAGACGAGGAGGAAGAGGAGGACGACGCUAUUCAUGUUGGUGUGCGUGUAGCUGAUGAAGUGGACAGUGGCAAAAAGGAGACGCAGCAGGAUGACAAAGGUCGCGGUGAUAGCAAAGAGGCCAACAGCAAAGUCUCAUCAUCAUGUCUACUCAUCGAGGAUAUCCGACGCGACGAGAAGACAUUCAAAGACAUCGCCAACACUAUAACAAAUCUAAGUCAACAGAAAAAUCGCUGGUCCAACACAGCUGUCAAUAAUGUACUCAAUAGUCAUCUGCAUCAUACGGCGGCGACGGCACAAGAGAAAAAUUCGCGUGAUGAAACCGAUUACCAUCGACCAACGAACAAACAACAAUUACAGCAUCAUCAUCAGCAGCAGCAGCAACAACAGAAACAGAACAGUAUUGCUAGUUUGAGACCAAAGUCAUUACCAUUGGCAGCGAAUUCGACGCCUGCCAUUGUUUCGGCCAUAGUGAAGAAGAUACCGCCAGUGUUAUCGACAUCCAGCAGCAGCAAUAUUAACAACACCAAUAAUAACAACAUUAUAACUUCGACAAAUGAUAGCAGCAAUAAGAACAACAAUAGUACAAAUGAAAUUGGAAAGGGGGUUGGUGGUAUUGGUCUGAGCAGUAAUAAGUGCAAAUCUAGUCCACGAUUGCAAUUACAAUUGAAAAAUCUACAGCAGAAACACGAAAGCAAUCAGCAUCGCCAACAACAUUUGCAGCAACCUAAGCACCACAAUCAGCAACAACAGCAGACGCACGAAAGAGGCGAUCCGGAUGGCGGCUGUAAUCUUGACGAUCUCUCCACCAACUACCUGGCUAAGACGGCGGAGUUACGUGUCAAUCCGCCUGUCGAAGAGUCACUCAACGCGAAAAAGGGUUGGUUAAUGAAGCAAGAUAACCGCACCGGUGACUGGACGAAGCAUUGGUUCUCGUUGAGUGGUGCGGCACUUUUCUACUAUCGUGAUCCGGUGUCGGAGGAGCGUGGCGUGCUGGACGGCGUGUUGGAUGUGAAUAGUCUGACUAAUGUGGCGGAAGUGAGUGCCAGCAAAAGCUAUGCUUUUCAGCUGACAUCUUGGGAUCAGCGGCGCCUCAUUUUAGCGAGUCUUUCGCCCAGCUCACGCAACAGUUGGAUCGCCAUAUUACGAAAUAUUGCCGGUUUGCCGGCCUUGUUGCCAGCAAGUAGUUCGGGCAACGGCAACGCGCCACUUACAGAUGGUGAUGUGCCGCCUACAGUAGAGUUAGUUAUUAAAGACGGUGCUGGCACUACAAAAAUGAAGAGUGAAAUUGAGAAGGACUUCAUUAAGGCGCAACGCAAUCAUGAAAUGCAGAAAAAGCCACCAACAACAUCCAAGCACACUUCCGCCCAUCAUCAGCACCUGAAUGAAACUAGUCCACCCGCCACACCGCAAGUUCUGCUACAACCUGUUAGUAAUACCCCGGUCAAAGUUGUUAGCGCCUCUACAACGCCAUCUACACCAAAGACAGCGCAUUUUUCCUCGGACGAGGAGUAUCGCACGGCUUCUGAGGGUGGCCGCCGCGACAGCGUUGACUGGGGCUCACCGCUUUCUCCUUCCCCGCCUAUUACAACUUCGUUGCUUCGAAAUCGCGAACGUUUGUAUUCGCGCUCGGUAGCCUCAACGACCACAAGAUCACACAAGCGCAGUCACUCAUCACCGCCAACAUCUCGUCGCAGCACCGUGGACAGUGUUGGUUCGGAUGAGCUUUCACCACCACCUGCGAUGCAUCCCGUACAGGAGGAACUCAACAUUGACAAGGAAUUACAAUUCCGCCUUAGCGUGGCGGAAAAGGAGCGUAAUAUGCUGCGCGACGAAGCCAAAGAGCGCGAAACGCGCAUGUCCGAAUUGCUUACAACGUUGGAGCGCACCGAGCAACAGCUAAAUGCGCGGUUACAAGAGAUGGAGGCUGUCCGCGAUAAUCUAACUUCGCAGCUUGAGGAGACCAAACGUAACGCGGAAGAUAUUGUAGGCCGUUUGACGGAAGAAUUGGAAGAGAGCCAAAAAAAGAUAAAGGAUCUUGAAGAUCGGCUAGCACGGGGUAUCGAUGAGAAUGAAGCACUUUAUAAGCGCGUUCACGAAUUGGAAGGCAGCAGUUUGAACAGUUUCAGUCAAUUGAAUCGAGGCAAGCUAAAACGCAUGGACUCGUUGAGCGACCUUACGCAGAUUGGCGAUAUUGAUCCUUUUGCAUUGGAGCGUGAUAUGCUCGCAGAUGAGUACAACGAGUUGCGUACACGAUUUGAGAAAGCCGUAAACGAGAUUAGGGCAAUGAAGCGUGAGUUGAAAGAGUCACAAAAUCAAUUUGAUUCGCUAGAAAUUUCAUAUGCGUCACUUAAGCAAGACCUCGAGCGCAAAGAACUGGAGGAUCGUGCGCAAGUUCAAAUGAUGGCUGCGCGCAUACAAGAUUUAACUUUAAAAUACAGUAGUUCGGAGCGACAGGUACGCACAUUGAAGCAGAAAAUGGCCAAAUCGGAGCGUAGAAGAUCACUUUCGCUUAAGGGCAAGGAGCAGUUGAGCAUACCCAAAGAGCUAGAACUGAAGGUAUGUGAGCUAGAGUCGAAAAUCGAUGAGAUAGAAAAACUCACCAGCGCAAGCUCGGAGACAUCUCGUUCGAUUUCGAAGAAAUCUUCUAGAAGGCGUUCACUCGAAAGCAACGCCAGCAAUAGCGACCCACUACAGUUCAUGUUACGUCUAAAUGAUUUAGAAAAACGUUUAGAGGAUACUUCAGUUGCUGGUUCUAUUAGCUCGUCAUCCACGCCUACACCCUCUUGCAGUACGCCAACUAUCGAAAGUGUAACGCGUAACUCCUCUAAAGUUUCUGAGCAUUUAAUGGACCGUUUGCGUUGCCUCGAAAGUGUUUUGGUCACAAGUCGAGAUCGCCUAGAGCAAAGCCUCCAUCAGCUACAAAAUCUACGUUCAUCGCAUAGUCGUCGGUCUGUCUCACCCAUUACUGACCGCAAGGACUCUUACCGAUUUGUGGAACGUUGCCUUAGCGAAGUCGUUAAACUCAUACGUGAGUCUUGCGAAACCUGCGUGAUCAGUGGAAGUGGCGAUAAAUCCACAGUGCCUAAUGUAAUGCUGCUACCUGAUUCAAAUCCGGUUAAGAUAGCGCUAACGCAGCUGGAAUCACAGCUACGCACUAAACUCGCUGAACUACUCAAACAGCGUCGUGUUUUGCGUGAGCGAAACGAGCUGACCGAACGAAAGAACAUGGAACUAUUGGCUGAGCGUGUGGCAUUUGAAAGUGUGUGCUUCGGCAAAUUACGCGAUUCGGUCAUGCGCGCAGAAAAUCCAGAGCUCUUUGGUGAGAAACAGACACGCACUGAAGUAGCGGAGACAUCUCAUCUCAUAACUAUGCUCAAGGCAAAGCUAAGUGGGAAAUGUGCGCUCAAGUCCACUGGCACAAUCGAUAUAUUGGCGGGGGUGUUAGCACGGAGACUGAUGUUAUCAAACUGUCGCAAAGUUACAGCAAGUAGUAAAGAAUCGUUCGAUCCCAUUGAUCAGAACAUCAUGGAUGAUCUGCUCAGACAACAGAAUGAAAUAAACUUGAUUGCCAAGCGUUAUAAAAACAACGCAAUGGAAAAUUUAGCCAGCGGCUUAGCCGCAGAGACAUUAAGCUACAUUUCUUCUAACGACUUAGUGCAAGGCGCAGUACAAGAGGCCUGGCGCCAGGCUCAAGAGACUGUCAAUGCCGAACUAGUGCAAUCUGAGAUCGCGCAUAUAAUGCUACGUAAUGCGGAGCGCUUUGAGCAAUCCCUCACACCUUCAUUCGGUUAUACGCUUACAGCUGAAGAGCGACUUUCAUUCGAGAAAUUCGCUGAUGCGGUGCACGAUGCGCUGCGUAAAGAGAUGGAAUUGGCAGUUGCGCAGCUAACACAGUGCUACAAAGAGGCCAUACAGAAAAUGAAACGCGGUCAGUGGCGGCUUCAAUUAGAGCAAGAGCGCAAAAUUUCGGAAGGCCGGCAGUUGCUUUCCGAUUUCGCCGACAUAAUAGCUCACAAAGCACUCGUAGAUGCCCGCAUUAUUGUACUGCGCGGUGAAUACGUCGAACAGCAGUUGGCUAAGGAAAAUACUGAACUUGCUCAGAGAGAGUGUACAAAUCAGCCAAAUAAAAUUGGCAUUACUGCGCUCCAACGAUAUGAGAGUCUCUUCGAAGAACUUUCAAAUGACUUACAAAUCAAUAACGCCGCCGAUAUACUGGCCGAUGCCGACUUCGAAUUCAUCUAUAAACAACACACUAUCGAUUUCUUUAACGAUCGCCAAGUUUUGUCAGAAAUCUCAACAUUUCUCAGUCAGCUGGAGGACUCGCUAAUUGCUUUGCAAUGCGAGGCUUCCGCCUCCACAACAUCCAUGCCACGCUCGACCGUCACCAUUGAAAGUUUACAAGAUGUUUGCCACAAAUGCGGAGAUCUGAGGCAACGUGCCGAUCAACUCUGCCAAGAAAUACACCGCGCGCUCAACACACCCUGUCAGCAUUGCCGACAGGUGCACGAGAAAUUAUUGCGACUUCAGCAACAGCAUGAGAGCGAGCUAACGCAAUUGCAACAGGCGCAUGCUCUAGACAAGAGCGCUUACGUGCAACAGCUUGAGAAUCAGUGUAACGCAUUCAAGAAACUCGAAGGUGAGAAGAGCGCUAUCAGCGCCGAGCUGCAACGCAUCAAUGAAUUGCUGGAGAUGCGCGCAAGUGAGCUGGCGGCAGUAAAUGGCAAAUUGCAGACCAAAGAGCAGGAGCUGCGUGGCAAGCAGGGGGAUCAACUGUCAUUGCUACGUCGGCUCGAAGAACAAGCGGAGGAAGUGCGUGUGCACGAAGAGGAAAGCAAUUCAUUGGUGGAGAAGUGUGCGCGUCAGGAUGAAGAAUAUGCAGUGUUGCUGCAGGAGCGUGACUAUUUACAAUCGGAGUUGAACAAAGAGAAAGAGCGUAGCAGGCGUUUCGAGCGAAGGCUGGAAAUGUUGGAACUGGAGCACAGUAAACAACUGGAGUGUCUACAGGAUACAUACCGAGAUCAGUUGAUGGCACACUCGCCGGACUUUAGCAACGUAACUACCGAUGAUGAAAGCUUCCGGCAGCGUUAUCAAGCUGAAAUCGAGCAGCUUAGGACUCUGUGCGAAAAAGGUCUCUCAGCUAUGGAAUCCUCACAUCGGCGCAUUGUUGCCGAUUUGGAAGAGAAACAUCGUCAGGAAAUUGAGGGCUUACUGUUGGAAAAAGAGACCGCCUUAGCCGAGGAGACACAGGCUACCUUGGCUGCCUUGGAUGCUAUGCGUAAGGCUCAUCAAAGCGAAGUGCAACGGGAGGUAGCGCGUUUCAAGCAGGAAUUCCUUAAACAAUUCCAAAAGGGCGAACACUCCGCCUAUACUGCCAAAGCCAAUGAAGAGGAACUUGAAGAGCUGCGCCGAGAAAUUCUAUCAUUCUCCGAGAAAUUUUCGAUAAAAUGCGUGGAAAAUGCUUCGUUGGAAGAAAAGUUGCGCAGCACAACGCAAAAAUUGAAGCAUUUGCAGCAAAUGCAGCAGCUGGAGUUGAGAAACAAGCAAUUUCGCGCACAUUUGGCCUCCGAAGACCCCAUAACCGACGCAAAAUUUGUGCAAGGUUUAUGCUCAGCCAAGGACGAUGGUGUCGCAUGCGAAGAUAGUGAGCCAAAAUUGCAUGCGCAUGUUAUGUUUCAUGAGCUAGACGAUGAGAUGGCAGCUGGUGUAGCACUUGCGGUGCCGGAGACGGUGCCAAUGAUGUCAACACAGUACUCACCACCCACAUGUACAAUUCCACUUGCUAUUGAUAUAACAAAUGCAACAACUCCAUCAGCUCCUUUAAUGGAGGCACCAACAACGCCUGUGACCAAGCAAUUCGCUUCGAUUGAAUUGUUAAAUAAGAAAUCAGAAAAUAUUGAUUGUAAAGUUGAGGAACGUAGUGCUGAUGGAAAUAGCGAAAUUGUUGGUGAUGAUGAGCUUAAUCUUGAUAAUAAUGCCGAUGGUGAUAAUGAUGAAUUUAAUGCCAGUUACUAUACAUAUGAGCCAUGUUAUAAGCAAAGUAAUUUGCAUUAUUUUCAAAGUAGGCUGAGUUUUGAAGGUUUAAAAUCUUCCACAUUCGGCAAGAAAUUGAGAACAACCUCACGCAAAUGUGCUAUGAACGCUGCCAGAACGCAAACUGCAACAACAGCUGCACCAUCAACUGCAUCCAAAUCGUCACCAGCAUCAUCCAACCACGCAUCGAUGGCUGCAACAACAACAUCCCUUACACCAAAGUUAGCAAUAGUAACAGCAACAACCACCACAACCGUAAAAGCGGCUAUAGAGAGGGACGAGAGCAGGUCAUUUGACCCAAAGCAGCAACGGCAGUCGCAAAUUGGGCAAAGUAAGGAAAGCGCGAAUUUUGAAAGGCAACCAGAACAAAAUAUUUGCAGUGAAAUGCAAAAUCGAGUAGAGAAAAAUGAACAACAAGUAUUAAUUGCUGAUACGCCAACUGUUGUUGCUGCAGUGGGCACAGCAAAUACUUACAAUAGUCACAAGUCAGAAACAGCAAGAGCAACAACAAAAACAUACAAUAAUAUGGAAGAAAUAACAAACCUAAGCCAAGCGAAUAAUCCCUCUUCAUCAACAACAAAAACAACAUUACCAUUAACAACAACAACAAAACCAGUGGAGCAACCAAAGAUUUCUAGUGCUAAUAAAAAUAUCUAUAAUCAUAACUGUAAUACUAAUAAUAACAACAAAAACAAAAAUUAUUUUAAUAUUAGCAAUACUAAUAAAAAUGUUAUUCAUCAAAGUAGUAGCAUACAUAAUGUACAUAGUGUUAGUGCAAUUAAUAUUAGCAACAACAACAACAACAAUAUGAACAGCGGCAAUAUCAGCAACAACAGCAAAAAUUUGGCAAGCAGAAUGAUGACGAAACUUGGAAAAAGCAAGGAUGUAGCCGUAAACACACAGUCGACAACGACAACAACAACACCAAUAAACACAGCGCUUACCAAAACGGCGCCGGCUGUAAUAAAGCCGAGAGACGGUCAAAUGUGUGUGGCCGAGCGCAAUGCCAUCAAUUUGAACAGUUUUACGGAUUUUGUGCGCAAAACAACAACUACCAGCAGUCCAAGAGAUGCAAUCGCAGCAAGCACACAAAUAAAAUUUUGCCGCAAACCAGGAGCUGCGCAUACAAGCGGCAACAAUGGCAGCGACAACGGUGAUGAUGCUGAGGAUGAUGAUGUUGGUGAUGAUAGGUGGCAAAAACAACAACAAAAACAGCAGCAGUACACAACAUUUGGCAACAAUAAUACGAAGAAUGUAAUAAACAACAACAACAACAACAACAGCAAUAGUAGUAGCAACAGAAAAGCAUACAACUCAUCUGUAGCAGUGUUGGGUAGGCGUUCGCACGAACACACCCCCCUUUGUUCACCCACUUCCGGUUCGAGCGGAAGUGAAGCUGUGGAGCAUACGAAAAUUUCCAAACCAACGAAGAUAGCGACGCCGCAUAACCCAACAGCGAUAAGGCCGACAACUGCAAUUCAAAAGCAUUUGCGCCGUUUCGAAUUGGAGAUUUAACAAAUGGCCACCCACAUAUUUUCUACACAUACAUACAAACAUACAAAUAUGCGUAGCGUAGCUAAUGAUAUUUACUUGAAAAAAUUUAAAUAAAAAUUUACUCAAAAUAUUCAUUCAAAUUCUAAAAUACAAUUUAUGCCAAAAUAUGAGAUAUACAUACAUACAUACAUAUUUAUAUUAAAAAAAAGUAAAGACUAGAAAAACUACUAAACAAAUUUUGGAUUCACUUUUUGAUUUUUAUAAAUUUCCAAUUUGCCAAAAUUAUUUAUGUUGUGUCAUUUAAUAUUAAAUAAAAUGCAAAUAUUGAGGAUAGUAAAUUUUGGAUAAUUGAUCGGGAAAAUUUUUUCAUUCUUGUUGAAGUGCAAGGAUUUCCAAAAAAUUAAUAUACGAUUUUGAGUUUUUUAAUACCUAAAUUCUUUUACUUUUUAAAAAAUUACAAUAUGUGGAAAAAAAUGUAGUUUUUACCCUGAAAAUUCCACACUUUAAAAUGAUUAAAUUAAAUGCAUACCAGAAAGCGAGGAAAAAAUACUACUUUAGCAACUUUUUUAGUCAGAGACGACCCGAUGGCCAUAACUAGAAAAAAAUUUUACGUUUUUAUUAACAAAUAUUUGACCUUCUAACGGCCAGGCCGUUCAAUAACAUUCACGCGCCCCUAUUUGUUUUCUUGUUUUUGAAGCAUAUUCUGAAAUCAAAGCCGUUUGUUUUUUUGUGUUUGUUGUAUCUUUUAUAAAUACAUACAUACAUAUAUUGGGCAAAUUAAAGUUAAUCGAGUACUUUAUAUUAUUUGUGAAAAUUUAUUUUAUUUGAAAAAUAUUCUAUAAAAAAUAUGUAUUUACACAAUUUAUGUUAAUAUUUAAUUUGUAUGCAUUGUGUAUUUUAUUAUGCUCAUAAUCAUAAAUAUUUUAUGCAUUUUGUGUUAACCUUAAUAAAAAAGUUAUAUGUAUGUAUAUAAAAAUAACUGCA